AUGGCACCUUGGCGGCCAACCGCGAUGGGAAAGCUCCCGAAGGUUGUGUUAUAAAAAGGGAGAACGACCCGCAUGCCGCCAGGUUGUACAUACCGAAGCUCAGGGAUUCAAUUCAGUCAAUCGAACCUGUGAAACGUUAUUGAGAAAGCUCCGCCUAACCCCAACGUUGAUCGCAUCGAGCACAAGCAGAGCAACAUGUCUGGGCCCGGUGUUGGUUUCGAGUAUCCCGCGAAGGAGGUCAGCUGGACGAAGCGAGAUGCCUUGCUCUUUGCCAACUCGAUCGGCUGCACGGCCGAGGAGCUUCACUUCCUCUAUGAGCUCGAUCCCAACUUCUCCGUCUUCCCCACGUACCCCGUCAUCCUCACAUUCAAGGGCACAGCCACGGACGUGAUCGAUUUCUACGCCGCCCAGAAAGCGGUCCGGAUCCCGGGCGUGCCCGAGUUCGACCCCGCCCGCGUCGUCGACGGCCAGCGGCUGCUGCAGUCCUUCAAGCCGCUGCCGGCCAGCUCGGCGGGCCGGAAGUUCGAGGUGCGCACCAAGGUGCUCGGCGUGUACGACAAGGGGCGGCCCGGGACGGUCGUCGAGACGCAAUCGGACCUAGUCGACGCGACCACGGGCGACGUCUACACGCGCGUCAUCUCGUCGUCCUUCUUCGUCGCCCAGGGCAACUGGGGCGGGCCGAAGGGCCCCGCGACGGCCAACUUCCCCGCGCCCAAGGACCGCCGGCCGGACGUGGUGUUCGAGAACCAGACGACGGCCGAGACGCCGCUGCUGUACCGGCUCAACGGCGACUACAACCCGCUGCACGCGCACCCGGAGCCGGGCCGCAAGAUGGGCUUCGGCGGCGUCAUCAUCCACGGCCUGUACACGUGGAACUGGGCCGCCCACGGCCUGCUGCAGCACCUCGGCGGCAGCGACCCGGCCAACCUGAAGGAGUACCAGGCGCGCUUCGCCAGCCCGGUCCGGCCCGGCGACAAGCUGGUCGCGUCCGCCUGGAGGACCGGCGAGAUGCGCGACGGGUUCGAGGAGGUCCGCUUCGAGGUCCGCGUGGCCGGCGGCAAGGUGUGCCUGAGCAACGGGAGGGCGCUGAUCAAGUGUGUUGGCCCCGUGAAGGGGAAGCUGUGAGCGCGUAGCGUGUGAGGGCGGGGCCCCGGGGGUGUUGAUGGUUUUUGUAUGAAUAGUUAAUGUAAAUGCCUUUUUCUUCAGUUCGCCAACGGUAUGUUCCAUAUGGUGUUGAAGUUUUGCCUUCGCCUAGGUUCUGUGUGCUGCUGCUGCCUGGCGCUUUUGGCUAUCUGACGCACCUGAAUUCCAUCACGUUCACCCAA